UAGUUAUAAUCCUACUUGACUACUUCACAAUUUAUCCACUUUUUUGAAAGGCUCAACUGCUAAGGAACUAUCUACUCCCUACCCUAUCCUUUUCCCGUUUGGUUCUUCAGUUCGCCGCCUUCCUGCUGUCAGAAUUCACUUCAGCCCAUCAGCGCCCGGAUUGCCUCCACGUUGGGUCAUUCUUAUCGCUCUCGCCACCAGCCACCCUCCGAACCACCUACCAUACCUCCGUUCUUCCACUUGCAGCCAACUGCGACUUUCACCUGACGCACAGGAAUUCUCUCACCAUGGCCAUUCGGGACAUUGUUGUCAACCCGUCCCUGCUGCCUGUGCUCAACUUGAGCGCUGAAACCCGCGAUCAGUGCAUGCAGCUGCUCGCCGUUCUUGACCCAUCGGCUGACUCCUACCCUGACUCCGAGCAACGCGCCCUCGCAGCGUCCAAGGAACAAAAGCAUCUGUUCGCUCUCUUGGCCCGCCUACGUGGUCUCAAUCGGGAUGCUAUUCUACGCGUUCGUGAGACCAAACAGGCGACCGCAGAGGCCCGCCAGGAAAUCGAUCGCCUCCAUUUGCAACUGCAGAAUCUCUACUACGAGCAGCGACAUCUGACUGGGGAAAUCGCUGCGUGCGAGUCUUACGAUCACAAAUACCUUGCCCUCCCAUUGAUCCCGCUCGAGGAGUUCCUCGCCUUACACCCUGAACACCGCGAAUCGGACGAGCAUGAGCUCAUGAUCGCUCGCAUCAAUCACGAACAUGCCGAACGGGAGAAGCUGGAGCAGGCGCGCCAGGAGCUUCUCAAGCGGAAACAGGCGUUGAUCGCGGAAAACAACAAACGCAAGGAGGACUUAGCCAGUUUGGACCAGGAUUUGGAGCGCUUCAUUGACGCUGCCAAGCCCAUUCAGAAGAUCUUCGAAAAGGAGUAUUAGCGGUGGGAUGAGUUUUCUAAUUUUGUAGUACCUGCAUGGAAUGGCGCAACGACUAGAUACCCAAUCUGAUUUAAUUUGAAC